GUCAAAAAAUAACCUGACUAAAUAAAAAGCAUAAAAUUUUAUUCUUAGUAAAUUGAAUUAUUUUGUUCUAAGUUCUUUUAUUUAAAUUUUCUAUUGUUGGAAUCUUCAUAAAAAUGUCGUCAAAUAAGUCAUCAGAUGAACCUCAACAAAUUGAUUUAACAAAGCUAAAUCUUCCACAAUUGCAACAACUGAAAAUGGAAUUUGAAUCGGAACUAAGUGUUUUUCAAGAGUCCCUUCAAACUCUUGUAAAAUGUAAAGGGAAAUAUUCUGCUUCAAAAGAAGCUCUCGAGCAAAUUAAACCAGAUUGGGAGAAUAAAGAAAUAUUAGUCCCCUUAACAGGGAGUAUGUACAUCCCAGGUGUUGUGAAGAGUAUAGAUAAUUUUAUAAUUGAAAUAGGAACGGGUUACUACAUAGAGAAGGACUUGAGUGACUCAAAAGAUUAUUUCAAACGUAAAAUAGAUUAUGUUCAGGAGCAAAUUGAAAAAAUUGAUAAAAUUCAAGUUCAAAAGUCUCGAGUUCUAGGAGCAGUGCAAGAGGUUAUAGAGAUUAAAGUCGUGGCAAUGCAACAAGCAGCAAUUAAACAAACUGCGUAAAGCUUCAUAAAACAAAAAAAUUGUUUUUGAAUUAAAUCAUGAAAAACUCAUCUA